AUGUUAGUAAAAAAGGAGACCGUGGAGUGCCAGAGUUACCAGAUUUCUAUGCUGAGAUUCCCGAUUGCUCUUGGAUGCAGUUUUGAGAUAGGUUCUCGUUUGUAUCCUUUAGGUGAUUUUUCAAGACAGUGGCUACAAGAGGCAGAAUGGUUGACACAUCUUCGGGAACAAAGUGGCAAUUUGCACGAGGCCAUCACUGUUGCCUGGUCGGCUUAUCAUGGAAGUCGUUCAUCUGAUCGAUCGCUGUUGAAAGCUAUCAAUGUCCUCCUACCCCUAUUUUUCGAAAAAUCCACAUCAAUUCCAAUGCUGAGGCAUGGAAUGAACAUUGUGAGGAAUAUAACGAAGUAUCUGAAUGGAGAUCAAAUACCUGUAAUCUGCGUGGACCAGCUUCUCUAUGCCCUCAUGAAAAAAAUUCAGUGGAGUUGGCCUCAGGAAUAUGGUGAAGAUAAGUUUAUAGUGCUCCUAGGCCCCUUACACAUUGAACAGUGGUUUCUUCGAAUAUUGGGUCAAUUUAUGGAGGGCUCUGGUUGGACAACUAUAGUUUCACAUGCCGGAAUAACCACUGCUGGAUCAGCAGAAGCUAUGAUGAAGUUGAGGCAGGGCGACUUUGAUUUAUUUAGAGAAACUCUGAAACAAAUGGCUCCGUGGUAUUUUCUUUUUGACCAUCAAAACUACGCUCGGUAUCUCACUGUUCACAUUCAGGACUUGGAAGAGCUACCCAGCAAAGCCCCUGAUAUUCAUAAAGAAUUUUUAUUGAAAAAGUUCGUGUUGCCCAUAACUGAAAACCCUGAUUCUUAUCUUGCUAUCGAUCAUGCCCAUAAGCAAAAUAAUGCCAAAGUGAAAGGGAAUGGUGGUGCGGUCGGUCUCACUAGUGACCCAUCUGCAUUGAGACGUUGGACCAUCGGAGGACCAGAGAUCUGCCGACUUCUGAAUGAAUUCAACCAUUCAGAAGAUGCUGACGAUGACGAAGUUCCAAUCUCGAGGACUCAUCAUGAACAGACAAAAUCUUAUCAAUCAAGAUUUGCCGAUCAUUUUGCAGCACUCAAGGACGCUUUCUUGACGUACGAGAAUCCCUUUUCUGUUCAGGGAACAGAACUUGUCGCCAUAGACUCCAGCGUUGUUGUAGGCACUGAUGCGGUUCAGACCUUGUACGAUGCUGUGGAAAAGAGCGAAUCCAUGUACAAGUCCUUUGUCGACGAGAGACUGGUCGAGAAGUCGAGAUCUCUUUAUGAUCCAAUUCGAAAGUGUAUGACUAAAAUAUUCACACAUCAGAAAAAAACAGCAACUUCUCCAAUGAAAGCUCUGAAAUCGGAUGUGCAACUGUACUCACGGCUCUUUAUUGUGUGCAUUUCACGAGAAUUGGACCUUGAUAUAUUUUUCCAGCAUGAGAAUCAACUGUAUCCGCCAUCUUUAUCGUUGAAUGGAUCUAUGCGGACUGGAAAUAAAUCUCAGCUCGUAGCAAUUCUUGAAAAUCUGCUCAAGAAGUUGCCUGAAGUAGACCCACCUCACAGAUGUGAAGGAUUGAUCAUAGAUGGAGCAGUCUUAGUUCACAAUAUCAAGCCUCGUCCUGAUGUGAAAACCUUCAAGAGCUACGUAGGCCAGCUGAUUUCAAAUAUAGGGUACACUCGAACACAGAUGGAAAUAUUCAGAGUGGAUAUAGCAUGGGAUCUGUACUCUUGCUCGAGUCUUAAAGAGGCCACUCGGUCAAGCAGGGGAACAGGAGUGAGGCGUAAGGAUCUACCAAACAAAAGUACUCUACUGACUAACUGGGAUGACUAUUUGAGAAACGAUCACAAUAAGCAAGAGUUGUUCUCAUUUCUUGCCAACGAGAUCUUGAAGGAACUCAAGGAUGUGGAAGUCGUAACUAAUGUCGAUGAUGUUAUACGCUCAUCUGAGGGUACACAGUCGUAUCUGCAGGGUGUUUCGUGCGCUGCGAUGGAAGAAGCAGAUGGAAGGUUGAUGCUUCAUGUGAAUGAUAUGGUGGAGAAUGGUAUCCGUUGUAUAGUUAUACGAAGCUCGGAUACAGACGUUUUGGUACUGACAGUUUCUCAUUACCAUGCCCUCCACAGAAAGGGCUUGCGAGAAUUGUGGUUACACUUUGGAGCAGGCCUCAAACGAAGGUUCAUUAGUGUGCAUGGUAUCGCUGGUGUUCUUGGGGAGGACACUUCUAUCGCACUCAGAGGGUUCCACGCCUUCACUGGAUGUGACACGGUAUCCUUUUUCGGUUCGAGAGGAAAACAGUCAGCAUGGAAUGCUUUCUUGAAUUGCUCGAAACGCGAAGACAUUAUAUUAGCAUUCAAGAAGCUCUCACAUCCAAUGCUAGAAGAUACCAUAGACGAUGAUCUCAUCAAGACGUUGGAGAGAUUCACGGUAUACAUGUACGGGAUCCGUGACGAGACCUGCUCCGGUGUGAAUGAGGCUCGGAAGCACAUGUUUGCCACAGAAAACAAACAUAUUGGUGCAAUUCCGCCUUCCCUGGAAGCUUUCGUUCAACAUAUGAAGAGAGCUGCCUUCCAGAGUGGACAUAUCUGGGGAAGGGCCCUUGAAAAUUCAUUACCACCAUCCCCUGAAGGGUGGGGAUGGAAAAAAGAAGGAGAUACCUGGGUUCCGCUUUGGAGUGAGCUUCCCGAGAUCUGGUCGGCUUGCAGGGCUCUAGAUAAAUGUGGCUGCAAGUCUGGAUGCGACACAAAACGUUGUUCCUGCCGUAGGAACAUAUUACCGUGCUACCUGGGAUGCACAAGUUGCAAAGGGGAAUGUUCUAAUAAAAAGACCCAAACGCAACUCGAACCCCACUCACACCAAAAUGAAGAGGAGGAGGUUGAUGGAGGAGUAAAUUAG